UUCCCGCGGGCGCGGGGCGGGGCGGGGCACUGGAUGGGGCGGGUCGGCAUCCUGACUUGUCUCGCGGUUACUGGGCCGGAGCGAGCGCGCGAGGCUCUGGGGUGGCGCGGGGAGGAGCUUAGUUCAAGUGGACGCUGCGGGUUUCUGCUGCGCGUCACCGUGCGCGCGGGAUUGAGGUCGUCUUAGGUGAGGAGGUCGCGCCGGAAGUGGCACUGGCCGUGGUGUUUCAGUGUUGUAAGGAGACUGUGGCGGAGUUUUGUUGUUAAGGGGGCGCGGCACGGCACCGCUCCUUCCACCUUCGCUGCAGUAGCCAUGGCAAAAGGCAGAGUCGCGGAGCGAUCGCAGACAGGGGCACUCCACACGACCCCCGUGGGAGACAGGGCAGCAGGGACGCGAGGUCCCGUGGCGCCUGGCGGCGGAGACCACCUGAAGGAAAAAGCCUGGGCAGAAGGUGGAUCAGCAAGAAUGUCACUCCUUAUAUUGGUGUCCAUUUUCUUAUCUGCAGCUUUUGUUAUGUUUUUGGUGUAUAAAAAUUUUCCUCAGCUUAGUGAAGAAGAAAGAGUGAAUAUGAAGGUUCCCAGAGAUAUGGAUGAUGCCAAGGCUCUAGGAAAAGUUUUAUCCAAAUAUAAAGACACCUUUUAUGUUCAAGUACUUGUAGCUUACUUUGCUACAUAUAUUUUCUUGCAAACAUUUGCUAUUCCAGGCUCUAUAUUUCUCAGUAUACUCUCAGGAUUUCUUUAUCCCUUUCCACUAGCCUUAUUUCUUGUUUGCUUGUGUUCUGGACUCGGUGCCUCUUUCUGCUAUAUGCUCUCCUAUUUAGUUGGGAGACCAGUUGUGUAUAAAUACCUAACAGAGAAAGCAGUAAAAUGGUCACAGCAGGUUGAACGUCAUAGAGAACAUCUCAUUAACUACAUUAUAUUUUUGAGAAUAACACCAUUUCUGCCUAAUUGGUUUAUUAAUAUCACAUCUCCUGUGAUAAAUGUGCCAUUGAAAGUUUUUUUUAUUGGCACCUUUCUAGGUGUCGCACCUCCCUCUUUUGUGGCAAUUAAGGCAGGAACAACACUGUACCAGCUUACAACAGCAGGGGAAGCUGUUUCCUGGAACUCAGUAUUUAUUCUCAUGAUUUUGGCUGUUCUUUCUAUUCUGCCAGCUAUCUUCCAAAAGAAACUAAAGCAGAAAUUUGAGUAAAAAAAAAAAAAAUCUGAUUUUUAGUUUUGAUAUCAUCAUCAUCUCAGGAUUAGCAGGUGCAUCCAUUUAUGUUUUAAAAUCACCUCUUCAAUAAUCGAAACAAGGAAUUUGUGAAAUAAAAUUUCCUAUCAGAUAAUAAAAUAAUACAUUUAAAUGGCAAGGGGGAGGAGUAAAAAUG